CGCUGUUAUCUAUGAAUGAUCCUCACGUGCACUGGCACGGACCUCCGUCAUCAACAGUAGUGGACAAAACAAGCCCACAGAUGACAUGACCAUGCGCAGUAAGUAACAGCGGCAGUAUCAUGACGUGCUGAGCGCUGUCUAGAAUUGUGCAGCCUGGCAGUUACAAUGUUAUCCUACAAACAAGCUAAAAUUAAUACCGUAUAGGCUAUGCAAUUUACUAGUCAGAGAAGCUGAUAUAUACAGGUAUCAAUUCGCAUAAAGAACGUCACUUCCACAAGUUGGAAAUAACAACCAGCUAUUAUGAGCUUGAACUGGAAAGGCGUUAAAAGUGCUCCGUGCGCCUUUCUAUCCCCGCGUAGAGUUUCUAUGGUGAUAGAUAAUACCAAAACAGACACCACACCAAAGUAGAGUCCUAGGUUAGCAGUUCAGCUGCUAGUUAGCACGCAUCUGAAAUUAGAGGUAUGAGCAGAAUAGAUGAAUGACUUUCAGUUAUCAUAGUCGCGUACAUGAGUUGGGUAUCGGUUAAACCGUGAAAAGACAGUUAUCAGCCCUUUAGAGAAAAACGCUUCAGCAUGGAUCAGCGACGGGCAUGGAGCGCAGGUGUCACGAGUACUGGAAUCGGACACAAAUUUGUGCCUCACCCGCCUUUCCAGUCAAACCCCAAUUUGAGGAAAGGCCCUCUGCCUCGCUCGCUGGACGGCAGGCUUCACACGACUCUGGCCUCAUCUCUCAUUCCUACCUCACACAUGAUGCACAACAGGAAACCACUCACUGGACCACUAGCUGACAUUAAGCAGCCUGUGGCCCCACCACACUCCAUGGCUCUCACAAUGACUGAUGUCAAUCGGAAGGUUAAAGAUUGCUGGGCGAUGCGGGUACUUCCUGUUCCAACCAGUGAGAUGCGAGACCACUACAGGGGCCAUCCAGCAUACAUCAGACUCCCAAUAGAACACAACCAUGAGCUGAUGUAUGCCGUGGACCGGAGCUCCACGGCACCAAGCCAUUUCCUCAGCACCUCUCUCAGGGAUCACAGGCUCUUUGACAGUGCUGAGUUGGCGGCGCCCUACAAUGGCCCCGGGAAGCCGUUACCCCGCUUGCACCCCCCCAAGGCACCCUUCUCGUUCACCUCGUACAGCCGGCUACAGGGGCGCUUCCUGCCGCUGCGCCUGGGGGGCUACACCACCGAGUAUCGGGGCAACUACACCAGCCAGGGCAUGCCUCGACCACUGCCACACCGCCUUCACGCGCAGCACGUUAGCUCCUAGCAGAUUUUUAUAAAUUCAAAAAUAUAUAUACAGCAUAGUACGGAAGAUGCUGCUUCUGCUGCUGCUACAUUUGGAUUAUUAGACUUUUUAUUUCACAUUACCUCUGACGUCGUUCAACAUUUCUGAACGCGUUAUUGACUCUAUUUAAAUGAAAUGAUUAUUAAAACCUGACAGUAUUUUAAA